GCUGUUGGUGUUUCUGUGGAAAGCUACAGCUGUUGAGGAGCUUCUGUUCACAAAGGUCAGCUGGGAGAGGAGGACAAAGGCGGCGAAGGAUGAGGAGGAGAGGACAACAGCACGAAGACAACACCGUACUCAUCACCAUGGAAACAAAGCCAGAGAUAAACUAUGGGAGCAUCGCCAUGAAUGCACCAGCCCUGUCACUGGACAGGAACGUGUUCAGUGAUGGAAAAACUCGAAUCGAUUUCGUGUUGGUGUGGGAGGAGCCUCUGAGCUCACCAGAAGACAGCUCAGGUGUUAGCCCCACCCACUGCAAGUGGAGGGAGGAGUUUCUUAACAGACUGAGACAUGCAGGACUGCUGCAGGAACAGAGGGAAGUCCUUCAGACGAAGAUGAGGAUCUGCUUCGUCCUCCUCAGCGCUCCGUGGAACGUCCUCUGUUACUACGCUGAGGAGAUCAGUCUCAGAGUCCCUCUGCAGAUGGUCACCGCUCCAAUUGUUAACUGGUCCGAACAGGUGCUGUCCAAGCUGUCCCUCCCAAACCCUCUGUCCCAGGAUGUCCCCAACCCCCCACCGGACUACUACACCUGUCAGUUCAGGACCAACAAGCUAGAGAGGUUUUUGGGAAGUGAAGACAAGGAGACAUUCUUCAAAACAACUCAGAGACACCAGGUGAUGUAUGAGAUCCUGGCCCGAACUCCAUACGGUUCUCCAAACAAAGGGGAGGUGGGAAUCGACCGGCUGAUGAGUGAACAGGUCUUUACUGCUGCAUACCCGCUGCAUGAGGGGGAUUUCAGGCUGCCUAUCCCACCGGUGGCCCCCGAGUCUUUAGGACUUAGACAGAUCCUGUAUGAACACUGGGCCAAGUGGUCCUGCUGGAGUCGAUACCAACCACUGGACCACAUCAGGGAGUACUUUGGAGAGAAGAUAGCUCUUUACUUUGCCUGGAUUGGUUUCUACACUGGCUGGCUCUUACCGGUGUCUUUGGUUGGAACCCUGGUCUUCCUUGUGGGGUUUUGGCUUGUAGCCACUGAUAUUCCAGCGAAGGAGGUGUGUGAAAGUGGGGACACUUUCACCAUGUGUCCUCUCUGUAGUACCUGUUCUACCUGGAACUACUCCAGCAUCUGCAUCACCUACAAGGCGGGUCUCCUGUUUGAUAAUGGAGGAACAGUGUUCCUCAGCAUCUUUAUGUCCCUAUGGGCUGUCACUUUCCUGGAAUACUGGAAAAGGACAUGUUCAGCUCUGUCUCACCGCUGGGACUGCUCUGAAUUUCAGGACAUUGAGGAGCGUCCUCGUCCUGAGUUCACGGCCAUGGCACCGAUGACCAUGAAGAAUCCGAUCACUGGGGCUGAAGAACCUUACUUUCCUGAAAAGAAACGAUUCAACCGAACCAUAACUGGCUGCAUGGUCAUCGUCAUCAUGGUUGCCGUUGUGUUGAUGUUUCUCAUCGCCAUCAUUUUGUAUCGCACAAUCCUCAGCAUCAUCAUCUCCCGGUCUAAGUACAACUUCUUCAUCUUCUCUGCUGGGAGGAUAGCCAGCCUUUCAGGAUCAGUGUUGAACCUGCUGGUCAUCCUCAUGUUGUCCAGAGUUUACACCAUGCUGGCCCACAUCCUCACACGCUGGGAGAUGCAUCGCACUCAAACCAAAUACGAAGACAUGUUCAUCCUCAAAGUUUUCAUCUUCCAGUUCGUGAACUUCUACUCCUCUCCGGUUUACAUCGCCUUCUUCAAAGGCAGGUUUGUUGGUUUCCCUGGACACUACAACACUCUGUUUGGAAUUCGCAAUGAAGAUUGCGGCGCAGGCGGGUGUCUAAUCGAGUUGGCUCAGGAGCUGCUGGUCAUCAUGGUGGGAAAACAGCUGAUCAACAACAUCCAGGAGUUCAUCCAGCCGAAGGUAAUGGCCUGGUGGCAGAAGAGGAAGAUGAGUCCUCAGUUAAAGAAACAGAAGUCCGAGGUGGGAGAGGAGUCUCUGAGGUGUGAGGAAGUCACUCCUUGGGAGGCGGAUUACCAGCUGCUGGUCUGUGAGGGACUCUUCAGUGAAUAUCUAGAGAUGGUGCUUCAGUUUGGAUUCAUCACCAUCUUCGUGGCAGCAUGUCCUCUUGCUCCUCUCUUCGCCCUCAUCAACAACUGGGUGGAGAUUCGUUUGGAUGCUCAGAAGUUUGUGACAGAAUAUCGCCGCCCGGUGGUGGAGCGAGCUCAGGACAUCGGCAUCUGGUUUUCCAUCCUGCAGUUCAUCACCCACACAGCUGUGCUCAGCAACUCUUUUCUCAUCGCGUUCACCUCGUCCUUUGUGCCUCGCCUGUACUACCGCUACACCCAAAACAGCACCCUGAGCGGCUACAUUAACUUCACCCUGGCUACAUCACCACAGAGCCACACCCACCAGGACCACAACACGUCCUGCAGGUAUCUGGGUUUAAGGAACGAGAAAGGUGAAUUCCUGCCAGAGUACUUUCACCUUCUCGCCAUACGACUCAGUUUCAUCAUCAUCUUUGAGCAUGUGGUCUUCUUCAUUGGCCGCCUAAUUGACAUAAUGGUUCCAGACAUCCCUGAGGAGGUGGAGAUGAAGAUGAAAAGGGAACACUAUAUGGCUAAAGAGGCUUUGGCUGAGAAUCAGUCUUUGGGGAAAACCGUGAUUCCAGGUGACAAGGAUGUCCUGUCAGAUGACCUGCGGCUACGUGGAUCCAGAAGCUCACCACAGCAGAGAGACUCUCCUCCACCGAACGACCUUCAGGACAUCCCAGAAGAAACCAGUCCAACAGGCAGCUCCUGA